CCCUCCUACCGCCGAGGCCUGCACGGACUUCCUGUGCUCCUUUUCGGCCAACCCGAAGAACAGGAGAAAGGGAGUCACGCGGGCUCGUUGUCACGGAAACCAGUUCUGCAGAAACACUGCAAAAAAGAUCAUGGUUCGAGUGUUCGUGAACCACGUAGAUUCCUACACGGGACGGGAGCUCAGCAAAGUGCUGGCUGGGUCGGUGGUGGGGGCAAUAGCUGAGGAGAAAGAGAAUGGGGAUGAGGCUGACUCAAAACCACCUCCAGCCUCAGACCAGGCAGAUGACUCCUCAAAUAGGUACCAGGUGGUGGGUACUGUGAGGGAAGAAGAUGCAGAGUGCCCUGGCUGGGUUCAGGAAAUAGUACAGACAUCCAGUAGAGAUGAGUUGCUGGCGGUCCUGAUGUCGUGUGACAUCAUAGUCUACCAUAUCGUCGAUGGUGCUGGUCAAGUGGAGGAAGCUUCGUGGGCCAUUCAGGUUCUUCACGACCAGCUGUCAGUCAUCUCGUCUCAGAAGGUGUUUGUCUGUGUCUCCUCCGUCCUCACCUGGGCACGCAGCAAGCCACUCGACCCGGAGGAGCCUGAUAUAGCGUUCACUGAGGAGGACUACCGUCGCAGGAGACCACACCCCAACUUCAAGGAGCACAUUUCGGCAGAGAAGCUGACCAUCAAACUUGGAAAAACAGACAGGACCAAGUUGACUAGUUACGUCGUGGCUGCUGGUCUCCUGUAUGGGGCUGGGGAGGGCCUCUUCCACUUUCUAUUCAAGGUCAGCUACACUACGUAGAUUACUGGUACACUAUUGUAUGAUGUCAUCUCUGUGGUGUGUGUGUGGCUUCAUUCCAGUCCGCAUGGCAUGGGGACACACCGGCCCUCCCCGUGUUUGGAGAUGGAACAAACGUUCUACCCACCAUCCAUAUCCAUGACCUGGCGAGUGUGGUGGUGAACCUGGCAGACUCGCGACCGAGCAAGCCGCGCUACCUAAUAGCAGUGGACGACUCUAAGAACACCCUGAGAGAGGUGGUGACCGCCAUCAGCAGACACCUCUCCACCGGGAGGACAACAUUCAUCUCCAGAGAGGAAGCUCUGCUCGUUAGAGACCUCCGUCAAUGGGAGUAUGACCAGCUACUGGUCAACCUCCAGAUGGAGGCCUCUACCGUCAAAGACAGCUUCAACAUACGCUGGAAGGCAGAGGCUGGACUGGUGGAAGAGAUAUCUGCAGUCGUGAGAGAGUACAAACAGACACGCGGACUCCUCCCACUACGUCUGUGUGUCCUGGGUCCACCGGCAGUGGGGAAGUCCCUGGUCGUUAAAAAACUCUGCGAGUACUACAAGCUCCAUCACCUGACUAUCGCCAAAGUCAUCCAGGACUCAGUGGAGAGACUGGAGAAGAUUGCUGCCCGAGUGGAUGUUGGAGAAGGAGGGGACGAGGAAGAGGAGGAAGAGGAUGAUUCGGCAGCCCAGGAUGCCAAGGAAAUGCUGGAGACUCUCAAAACUGAAAGAGAAGAGAACAGUGGGCGCUACGGCGAGCAGUAUUUGCUGGAGUUUUACUCGAAAACGCUACUCUCCAUGCCGUGCCAGAACCAGGGCUUCAUUCUGGAUGGCUUCCCGAAGACGUUUGAACAAGCCAAGACACUUUUCGAUGGAGGUGAGGAGGAAGAGGAGGAAGAGGGGGCAGAAGAAGAUGAUCAAAAUCAACCUAAGUACAACAAACUCACAAUGCCAGAGAUGGUGUUCUCACUGGAUGCUAGUGAUGAGUUCCUGAGGCAGAGGGUGAUGAACCUCCCUGAGAAGACUGUCGCUGGGACCCACUACACCGAGGAAGGUAUGACUCGAAGACUGGCAGAGUUUCGCUCCCUCAACGAAGAAGAUACGACAGUCUUGAACUACUUUGACGAGAAGGAGAUUCACCCCGAGCACACUAAUAUUGAGGAGGACCAGAGCCCAGAGUGCCAAGAUACCGUGGAGAAAAUAAAACAGAUGGUCGGAGAGCCUCGGAACUAUGGGCCUACCCCCGAAGAGAGGGCGGAAAUGGAGCAAGCUGCGAGGGAGGAGAGGAUGAGGAGGGAGAGGGGAGAGAAGGAGGAUAGGGAGAGGAAUGAAGCAGAGGAAAAAGCCCAGAGAGCCAAGAGAGAGGCAGAAUGGCAAGCCCAGUUGGAGUUGGUACAGGCCGAGGAGCGAGAGAUGCUGGAGGCAAAGAGUCUCCCACUUCGCAACUACCUCAUGAGGCACGUCCUCCCGACUGUCACUCAGGGUCUCAUCGAGGUCUGCAAGGCCAAGCCUGACGACCCUGUGGACUACCUGGCUGAAUAUCUCUUCAAGAACAACCCACAGAUUGACUGAAUCUCAUCAUUAUACACACCACACAAACAUACUAGAUUAUGUUCAAAGUUCAUGUUUGAAUGGCCCGCCCGGGCAUGACAUGUAUACAGACAAGUUAAAAAACAUGUAGGAAGCAUAACACAUGACUGAAGAAGGUGGGGUCCAUGGUAGUCAAAGAGUCAAGUAGAGUGCACCAGGAGUUGUCUCUCUAACUCUGAUUCGCACACAUCCAAAUUUAUACCAUGGUUAGCAAGACGGUUCAUGGCGACAAUUACGAGAAACAAACCACUAGUGGGAGGGAUAUAAGGACCCCUUUUGACAGAAGAUAUGGAUCUUCAACCGACUGGCGACUUGUAACGUCCGUUCGUAUGUGUUGCUAAUGCGCAUGCGUAUUGCAGUCGCGCAAGCGAGCACGGAACCGUCAGCUGCAUCUCUGAUGUCUUCGGAG